AUCUUAGUUGAAAAAAAAAAAUCUGUUUUUUAAAGCAUAUUUUUCACUUCUCCGUUAUUCCGGUAAGUUUCAAGCGAAAUUGACUUUGGGGUGUUUAGCGAUCCAGAAUAAAGGUGGCCUUUUGCCCGGGCCACCGUUCGUUCAAGAACCGCCACUGUCCAUUACAACUACAGCCUAUCUCAGUCUUAAUAAGGCAGGUGGUGAUCAUAGCGCAGAAAAAAAGCAGGCCAUUGUAAAAUUAAAUGCCACGGUGAGUGCUAAUCCUUCUCCUGUCACUUGAGGAGGUCACAGUCAAUCAAAGUGUUGCUUUUGUUUUCUUUGUGUUCCAGUUGAAACUUUGUGUUGCAACAGAGGGACAGUGAGAAUAAUAGUGCUGGUGGCGCGGUGGAUCACUUACUUCUACGCUUCAAAGCCUCAAGGGAGUUGGCUAGAGAUUGCUUUCUUUGAUAAGGUCCUGGCAGACUACUUGGUGCUUCCCCGUGUGUAAAAGUUUUCAUUAAACCCUCAGAAACGUGUCACUGACAAACUCUGAUGGUGGGAUCGAAGUUGUAUGGAAAACAGAUUAAUGUAUUAAUAAUAGUUAUAGUGAGUGUUGUUAUUUUGCCCCGCCGUUGGUUAAUCGUCGCUUUAUUUCGCUUAUAAGUGUGAAGACAGGGUGCCGCGUGCUUUUUUUUUUAUGUCUCUUCCGGGACCAGGCCAGCGGUUCUUCACUUUGAAGUCCGCACUUAAACCUUUAGCCCAGUUGUUGGUGCAGAAACAGCCGGGAGGAUUUCAACCGCCUGCCAUGACUUCUUGAAACAACUACCUGCGGAGACAAAAAAGACGGAUAGGCGCGAGGGGGGCCGGCAAAAAAGAAAAAAAAAAAGAAUAUAUAAAAAAAUAGUUUUAUUUUAUUUUUGGCUGAAUCAAACUUCUAUGCGAGGGAUGGGACAGGGAGCGAAGCCAAGACUGCUUGUUACGGACCGUACUUACUUGACUUCUACGUGCUCUAAUCAGAGCGGCAACAUGGAUGAGUGAAGAGGAGCUGAGAAGCUCCCCCGCUGCUCUUAGAGAGUGAGUGAGGAGUAUUUCUUUCUUUUUUUUUCCUUUUUUUGGGGAGGAGGGGUGGUGGUGGAGGAGGGGGGGAGCUUGGAAGCUGGAGCGGAGGCACCACGGCGGCACUCUCACACAGGCAGCCGGAGCCAUGAGCAGGGCGCUCACGGAGCACAUCAGCGGUAGCUUCCGAGAAGAUGCUCCUCGUCCUCCGGUGCCGGGGGAGGAGGGAGAGGCGUCAUGCUACAACCCGAGCAGAUCAGGCAAAAUGAGAGCCCAGAGCAAAGUUAAAGACCUCCCCGCCGCUCUCGUCGGCUCCACGCCGCGCAGGAACGAGGAUGGACUCGGGGAGCCGGAGGGCAGCGCGUCCCCGGACUCGCCGCUGGUCCGGUGGACCAAGUCGCUGCAUUUCCUCCUGGGCGACCUGGACGGCGCUCACCUGUUCAGGACCUUCUUGGAGCGCGAGCGCUGCGUCGACACCCUGGACUUCUGGUUCGCCUGCAACGGCUUCCGGCAGAUGGACUUAAAGGAUACCAAAACGCCGCGCGUCGCCAAAGUGAUCUUCAAGCGGUACGUGGAGAACAACAGCGUGGUGGCCAAGCAGCUGAAGCCGGCCACCAAGACCUUCAUACGGGAUAGUAUCAAGAAGCAGCAGAUAGACUCGGCCAUGUUCGACCAGGCGCAGACGGAGAUCCAGUCCCACAUGGAGGAGAACGCGUACCAGAUGUUCCUGACCUCUGACAUAUACCUCGAAUACGUGCGCACCGGCUGCGAGAACGCCGCCUACAUGAGCCACGGCGGGCUGGGCAGCCUCAAGCUGAUGUGCGGCUACCUUCCUCCCCUCAUGGAGGAAGAGGAGUGGAGUUGCAGCGAGCUGAAGGCGAAGGCGCUGGGCUCCGUGGUGGGACUGUCCGCAAAGAACCUGAGGGCCACCGCCACCAUCCGGACUGCAGCCGAGGUGCUGGAGAAGACCUACAGGUCCCACCGACGAGGAGACCCCGCCAGCCCGUACUUCGUCAACUCCGGCUACGUUUUCGCCCCCGCCACCAGUGCCAACGACAGCGAGAUCUCCAGCGAUGCAGCGACGGAUGACUCCUUGUCGAUGACCGACAGCAGUGUAGAUGGAGUCCCUCCUUACAAGAUGGGCACCAAGAAGCAGCUCCAACGAGAGAUGCAUCGUAACGUUAAGCUCAAUGGCCAGGUUACGCUACCGCACUUUCCUAGGACACACCGGCUGCCUAAGGAGAUGACCCCAGUGGAGCCCUCAGCCUUUGCCGCCCAGCUCAUCGCCAAACUUGAGAAGCUGAAGCGAGAGCAGGACACCAUGAGCUCACUGGAGGAGAGGCUGCAGCAAAUCCAGGAGGAGGACGAAAGAGAGGAGAGCAACGACCUCAGCAGCGGCAGCUCCCUCCACCACCCCCUGCUCCCGUCGGCGAGCCAGGGCGAGGAAGACCCCCAGGCCAUCCUAGAUGAGCACCUUUCCCGUGUCCUGAAGACACCCGGCUGCCAGUCGCCCGGCGUGGUCCGGCACUCGCCGCGUUCGCGCUCCCCAGAUCAGACGGGCGUUCUGGUGUCCUCCGGCCACGGAGCCCUUUUCGGUGCUUUUCACGGACCCGCUAAGGUUCUGAUGACAGGCAGGCAGUCCACCAAGCACAUCCACCACCACUACAUCCACCAUCACCACGCUGGGCCCAAGACCAAGGAGCAGAUAGAGAAUGAAGCGGCUCAGCGCGUGCAGUGCCUCUGCCCUCAAGGGGGCGCCAAUUACUCCGACUUCACACCUGCUUGCUGCAGCACUUUGACCAGACGACCAGUGAAGGCCUCCGAUGAGGGUGCACCGUCUUCACCAUGCCUUCCCAUGGUUUCCACCGACCGCUCUCAGAAUGUCUGGCAGUGGAUCCUGGAGAGCGAGAGGCAGGGCAAGCACAAGCCACACAGCACUCAAGGCCUAAAGAAGCCCAGUCCUCUCGACUCCAAGAUCCUGCCUGCUAGGACCAACACCUGGGGUGGAGCUGGCACCUGCAAUGGGAGUCACCUCCGCGGCCAUCACCCAGGCCAUCCUUUCAUCCAGGAUCCCGCUAUGCCGCCCUUACCCCCUCCCAACACCCUGGCACAGCUCGAGGAGGCCCGUCGCAGACUGGAAGAAGUUUCCAAGCCGCCAAAGCAGAGGCAUUCAACAGCAUCCGGCAGCCUUCAGAGAGACAGGAGCCACCCACCUGCUGGAACUGGUGCAGGCACUUCUCAAACUAACCCUGAAGAGUCUAAGGAGCUGGUUGUAACAUACUUUUUCUGUGGCGAGGAAAUUCCUUAUCGCAGCAUGAUGAAGACCCACUGCCUCACCUUGGGUCACUUCAAAGAACAGCUCAGCAAGAAAGGCAACUACCGGUACUACUUCAAGAAAGCGAGCGAUGAGUUUGAGUGCGGAGCAGUGUUUGAGGAAGUGUGGGAAGAUGCCUCUGUGCUGCCCAUGUACGAGGGCAAGGUCCUGGGCAAAGUGGAGAGGAUGGACUAAAAAAAAAAAAACAACAACAACACAAACAACCAGUGCCCUUUCCCCACCAAACCACAAGCUAAGCUUUCCCUAAAGAACUUGAGCAAUGGACUCAGAACAGAAAACAAACAAAACAAACUCUGGACUUCUUUUUUUUUUUUUUAAAACCUAUUUGUUCUUAUUAAGCUAAACAGAGUUAAUAUAUCCAGCACAAGAAAAAGCGAUUGAAGGAAGACGAGCCAAUGAAGUAUGCCGAACUCAGAGGAGGAGCCGCCCCCUCCCUGACUCUCUCAGCCAAUCAGCCUUAGAACACACAAGGGAACGCAACUUUGAAGACCAACGCAAGAGUCGGAGGCCAGGCGGGAGGAGCGACCCCGACUCCUCUUGGACAUAACCACUGAAGAUACGGAUGACCGUUGUGUUGUGAUGUGACGGCGGACUGAUGGUGUCCUGUGCAGAGGGCUAAGCAGGCGCUGACAGAAACGCCCAUACGUGUGCAUAUACAUACAUGCAUAUUUAUGUAUAUAUACAUGUAUUAUAUAUAUAUAGAUGCUUUUUUUUGUCUUGAGUUUAAAGUUUUUAUUUAGUAUUUAUUAAAAACAACCCUUCCCUACCAUGUCUUAAACCUGUGACCCCGCCCCCUUCCCCCCCCCCCCCCCCCCCCUGUUUCCAGCCAAUGAUCAAGCUGCUUUGAAUGUUGGGAGAAUACUGUGGCAAUGCUGUUUCAUGUUUUGUCCAUUUUUUUUUUAUGUUCCACAAAAAGUCGUCACACUAGCCUUGGUGCCACUUCCGACCCAAAACGACGACCUGAGCGUGGGUCCAGUCCAAAGCUUCGUUAUGCUAAUGGUCGAUCCCAGUUUUAUAUGCUGCUGAUAGUUUGUUCAAAGUUGUCACACUAGGAUCUCCCAGCGCUCAUCGUCUCUCUCCCUACUCCUCCCUGUCUUUUCCCUCUUUAGCGACAGAGCGCAAUCUUUUUUUUUUUUUUUGUGCCUUUGUUUGUAAACCAGGCAUUGCACAGGGAUGGGAAAUAAAGAGGGGAUGGGGUGGGCAGAUUCACACAGAGAGAAUGCCUAAUAAAGACAGUGUUUACAGCCCGCACACCGAAAUAACUCAUGCUAACAAGAAUCAGUUUGGGUCACUAAGUCAGCUGGUGUGUGCCGAAAGGAGAGAAAAAAAAAAAAACAGCAAAAAAAAAAAAAAAAAA